CGAAAUGUUUGGACAGCGUAGAGAAAAGCAAUAUUAACUGAUUUUUAUGGUCUCAGUGCACAUUGAAUUUCUUUUCCUAAGCUACGUUUUUCAUCACGCAAGAGCGAACUUUCAAAGUUAUUUUGAGUUUCAGCUAACAAUGACAACAAUAUGUCAUGAAGUUGUGAACACUGAGCAAUGUGGAAAGCUAAAUGUUUUCAUUCAAGGUCCACGUAAUUCUAAUGUUGCCUUCCUGACAGUUCAUGAUCUUGGAUGCAAUCACAAUGAAAUGGUUAAUUUUCUCGCUCAUGAGUCGAUGGAACCUUUGGCUAAUCGAUGCACUUGGAUACAUGUAGAUGUUCCUGGACAAGGUGAUGGAGAAGCAGACUUACCUUCUGACUACACAUUUCCAACAGUUCAACAACUCGCAGAAGGAAUGAACGAAGUAUGCGAUGCUCUAAGACUACAGCAUAUUGUUAUUUUCGGUGAAGGAGCUGGAGCUAACAUUUUGAUACGACUGGCGAUGUUGAGACAAGAUUUAAUUUUGGGUGCAGUUUUAAUUCAUUGCACGGGGACUAGUGCAGGCUUAUCGGAAAGCCUUCGUGAUCGACUAAUUGGAUGGAAGCUAAACACUGUCGGAAUGAAUCCAGCAGCUGAGUCAUAUCUACUAAUGCACCGAUUUGGAUCGGUUGCAGAUGCUGAAGAUGAAAUAGAAUUGAAAGAAGUUCUCAAGAAGUUUCGUCAAUCCCUUAGAAAUGCAAUUAACCCGAGAAACUUGAACAAAUUCAUUAUGUCAUUCAUGUCACGCACAAAAAUCUUAGAAAAUGUCGAUCAGAUAAGAUGUCCCGUCUUAUUGUUCACUGGCACGUUAGCAUCACAUAAUCAUACAGUCUUUCGACUACACAAUGCUCUACUUUCAGCUGUACGUAAUGAUCCUGAUCUUCAAGGUAAAGUUGAGUUAAUUCAAGUGGAAAAUGUUGCGAAUGUGUUGAGUGAACAGCCUGAAAAAGUGGCAGAUUCCCUACAGUACUUUAUUCAAGGAUUAGGACUAGCCGGCGGAUUGGUCAACCGAAGAAUGAGUAGCACUAUACCUGUUGCUAGGAAUCGAUCUUUGUCUAUGGAAGAAUAUGAUCAACCAAAAGGUGCAACUUUCUGUACAUUUAAUAAAAAUCGUAAAUACAGUACAACAGCCAAUAAAAUGGGUGAUGAAAGUCCAAUUCAUGAAUGUUAACAUCAUACUGAAGCUUAACACUGGAAAUAUAACCUACGAUUAACUUAUUCACAGUUUAUAGUCGUGUUUGCACUAGUGAAUAACAUGCAUAUAUACAAGACUUCCUUUACGCACAAACAUAAAUAUAAAUAUUUAACAAGUAAUAAUAAUUGAUAAUAAUAAUAAUAAUCACAAUUUAUCUGCACAACUAUUUUCCAAUUUUCUGAAGAAAUUCCCUUUGAAUUAGCUGUAGAUUUUUUUAACUUGCCUUUAAACAAUCAUUACCAUCAGUAAGCAUAAUGAACAGUUCUGUAGCAAAAAAAAUUUAUUUUUGGGGGAAAAUAAUUGAAAUCAAAAAUACAGGUAUAUUUUGUUGUCACUUAUACGCACCACUUUCUGUUAAAUCAACAAAUUCACUGAUUGAUCAGUGUGAUUCAAAGUCAGUUGUUUAGUAAAUAUAUUCAGUAGUAUUCAGUGUAUUCGAAAAUUCCUGUAGACCUGUUUACGUUUUCCUAAAAUUCUCCUUUCUUUUCCACUCCAUGGAUGAUCUAUCGUUGUUUUUUUUAGUUGUAAUGUGUUUUGUGUCUUUUAUACACUGUUUGACUCGUCAUUAUGAAGACUAUUUCCAGAAUAACUAAUGAUUAAUAUUGUUGUUAGGUAUC